AAAAGUUUGAAAAAAAACAUCAGAAAUCAGUAAUGAAGGUGUUUCUUAUUCUCAAAAAUGUCUGCUUUACCAUCAUGCUUCUGCUCCCUCUGUGUUUGCAUACAAAUGCAAGUUUUGAGCAGCACGAGAUGGACAGUCAUCACGUCAGAAUGGUGAAGAGGUACCAAGAUUGGCUGCAGAAACAUGGAAAAAGAUAUGAAGAUAAAGAUGAAUGGGAAAAGCGUUAUGAGAUCUAUCAAUACAAUGUAUUGUACAUUGAAUUCUUCAAUAGUAUGAACUUUUCUUACAAACUCAUUGAUAACAAGUUCGCAGACAUGACAAAUAGUGAGUACAAAUCAGUCUAUUUGCGUUAUAAGAUAGACGAGCAUAAGAAGGAGUCACACAACUUCACACUUCAUGGAGUUAGAUUGCCAGAAUUCCCAGAAAGUGUUGACUGGAGAAAGAGUGGUGCUGUAACUCAUGUCAAAGAUCAGGGCAGUUGUGGAAGUUCCUGGGCAUUUUGUGCAGUGGCAGCAGUGGAAGGUAUCAAUCAGAUUGAGACAGGGAAACUUGUAUCUCUAUCUGAACAACAACUUGUGGACUGUAAUAAACACGGUUGCGAGGGUGGAAAUACGGAAAAAGCAUAUGAUUUCAUUAAACGAAACGGAGGCAUAACUGCAGAACAUAACUAUCCAUAUGUGGGAAAAGAUGGAAGAUGUGAAACUAUAGCAGAAGAAAGCCAUACAGUUACAAUAAGUGGCUACACGAAAGUGCCAGAAGAUGAGGGGUUUCUACAAGCUGCUGCUGCCCAACAACCUGUGGCAGCAGUCGUUGACGCCAGCAUGGAUGAUUUUAGAUUCUACUCUGAAGGCAUAUUUAAUCCCAUUUGUCCUGAAACACUGAAUCAUGGUGUGACAGUAGUUGGAUAUGGUGAAGAAAAUGGUCAGCCGUACUGGCUUGUGAAGAAUUCUUGGGGCACUAACUGGGGUGAAGAUGGCUACAUCAAAAUGCAGCGAAGGUCUGGAGACAAGAAUGGCAAAUGUGGUAUUGCUAUGAUGGCUAGCUACCCUCUGAAAGGCUCUUGAAGAAUGUAUCUUUGCCACAUAACCAACUUGCUAUAUUGAUGUUGGCCAAAAUUACUGACAGUAACCUUGUUUAAGUCCAAUAAAGAUACAAUAAGCACUAUAAAAUGUUGAAAGUAGUAAUAAAUUCAGGAAAAAAAAAAAGGAACUUUACGUGUGGAAAUCUACAAUUUCAAUAAUAUGUAUCAGUAUA